CCUUUUCCAGCGGUUUGCCCCUGCUGCAGCUGAACUAAAUGGCGUGCUAUAUGCUGUUGGUGGAUAUGAUGGACAUAAUUACUUGAACUCAGCUGAAAGACUUGAUCCACGGGAGGUUUCAUGUUCAAGAAUACCUAACAUGAUUACCAGGAGGGGAUGUCACUCAAUGACAGUUUUAAACGAGAAACUGUUUGUCAUGGGUGGCUAUGAUGGUGGCAAAAUGGUAUCCAGUGUUGAAAUAUAUGAUCCUCGUGCUAAUGCUUGGAUGCCUGGUGAACCAAUGAAGUGCAAUAGAGGAUAUGGUGCUUCUGCACUUCUUGGCAAUUCUGUAUUCAUCAUUGGUGGAAUUGAAAAUGGUGAAAAUAUGAUAGAAACUAUUGAAUGUUAUGAAGAAGGAGCUGGUUGGAACAACAGCCGUCUUAAGGCCGUGGGAAAGAGGUGCUUCUUCUCCGCAAUUGUAUUAUAAGCUGCAGGACUGUUUAGAUUGACCUUCGCCAGGCACUGGUUUUGUUCUUCUGAGGUCAAUGAUGACGAUAUCUUUGAUUUGAAAUUUUUUGUAGAGUUUAAAAAUGAUUGUGAUUUUCUCAUAUAGUUCACAAUGAUUCCCAAA